AUGUCAAGAAGGCCAACUACUUCUCGUCGCUUCGCAGAUAGUGGGAGCAUUCCAUUUGUGGGAUCUUUACAAUCUAAAACUCGUUCUUCUCCUUUAUUGUCUGUUGGACUUGUGGUUGUGGGCACAUUGCUGAUCGUUGGUUACCUGUAUCACGGUUCAGGUGGAAGGAGUGGGGAUAUUAAUGCUUUAAGUAGACUUGAAGGUGGUGCAUCCUGUUCACUUGAAGCUCUGAGAGCUUUACCCUUCUUGAAGAAGGCAUAUGGUGAUAGUAUGCACAAAGUGCUGCAUGUGGGCCCUGAUACCUGUUCAGUGGUUUCAAAAUUACUGAAAGAGGAGGACACUGAAGCAUGGGGGAUUGAGCCAUAUGACUUGGAGGAAGCUGAUGGCAGCUGCAAGAGCCUUGUUCGAAGGGGAAUUGUGCGUGUUGCAGAUAUAAAAUUUCCACUUCCUUACCGGGCAAAAUCAUUCUCUCUUGUCAUUGUAUCUGAUGCAGUAGAUUAUUUAUCACCAAAGUAUCUCAACAAGACUCUUCCAGACUUGGUUAGAGUGUCUUCUGACGGCGUAGUUAUGUUCUCUGGUUUACCUGGUCAGCAAAGAGUUAAAGGGGCAGAAUUGGCUAAAUUUGGUCGCCCUGCCAAAUAUCGAAGCUCAUCUUGGUGGAUAAGGUUUUUCGUUCAAACCAGCUUAGAAGAGAAUGAAGGUGCUUAUAAGAAGUUCGAGCAAGCGGCAGCCAAGAAAUCAUACAAGCCCGCAUGCCAAAUUUUCCACCUCAAGCCUCUGAAUUGA